AUGGCGGCGGCGAAGUCGAACCAACUCAGCACCCUUGUGGCCAACAUGUUCACCGCGGGUUUGCUGGACGAUCAGUUCCGGCAGCUUGAGAUGCUCCAAGAUGAGGGCAACCCAGACUUCGUUGCCAAGGUUGUCAUGCUUUUCUGCGAGGAGGGUGAGCAUAUCAUUGGCGAGCUCACCAAGCAAUUGGACCAACCAUGUGUGGACUAUGGCAAGGUGGACACAUUUGUGGAUCAACUCUGGGGAAACAGUGCAUAUGUUGGUGCUCAAAGAGUGAAGAACACUUGUAUUCAGUUCCAUGCAUGUUGUCAGGAGAAGAGCAAAGUUGGGUGCCUGAAGACACUGGAUUCUUUGAGAAAUGAUUUCUAUGAUGUGUGCAGCAUGUUCAUACCAUAG